AUGUCCUUCACUCUCAGCUUCGGCACCGGCAGUACCAAUUACAAUCGUCACUAUAUCCCCUCCGCCCCCUCCCGCCACCCUCCCCCCUCCCUUGGCCCCAUUGAUGUCGACGAGCAAGUUGAUGGUGGCGAUCUCCUCUCCCCUCGGUCGCGCCAAGAAUGGCGCGACCACCAACUGGCAUGCCAGUUGGCGAGGGGAGAGGACAGGACAAGUGCGUUGAAGGAUCGUCACCAGAAGCGUCGUAAAACCAAGACCCCUGCCCCUGCCCCUACUGCCCCUGCCCCUGCCCUCACGCCUUCUCAGCGACCUGGUUCCCCAAAUUCCUUCCAUCUUCCCGUUUUUGAUGAACGUCGAGCAUACCUCUCCUCCCCCUAUGGUUCGAUGGGGGCAUCGUCCCCCCUGCCUCCGCCCCCGAGUCCGACUUCGGCUACAGUGACGGUGAGUCAUUUCCACCUGCACAAAGGAGAUGAUGGUUGCCCCACAGAUCCGGAGAUAGAGGCCUUUGAACAAGGCCUUCUAGAUCCGGAUCUUGUCCACGCCACGAGGCGGUGGUUGCGGAUCAUUAAGAAGUAUUUUCGGCCUAAGGGAUUGGAUGCACGGGACCCUCGUUCCUACCCUCAGCUGAGCUCAGGGGUUUCCUCACUGAUUAUGGAAGUUUACGAGUGA